GCAUCCAUGUGGAAAGGAUGUCUGACACUUUAUACUGGAAGGGGUGGAGAACUUCAAAAAAUUGGGGAAUUUUGUAUGGUUUAUUCAGAAGUGCCAAAUUUCAGUGAACCCAAUCCAGAUUAUCGAGGACAACAAAACAGAGGGGCACAUAGUGAACAGAAGAAUUCCAUGAAUAGUAAUAUGGGUACAGGUACAUUUGGAGCAGUGGGAAACGGGGUUCAAACUGGCCCAGAAUCAAGGGGAUGCCAGUAUUCAUAUGCUGGUAGAAGCAAUGGCCGGGGACCUAUAAACCCACAGCUAACAGGAACAGCUGCUAAUCAAACAGCCAUGAGCCCACUAAGUAAUGGCAGGGACCCUCGGAGAGCCUUGAAAAGAUGACCUAUGCCAAAUGCUCACAUGUGGUUUUUAAACUACAUGCCCUACUUGAAUACUUACUGCACUUUUAUUUAUUGUUAACUGUGAAAACUUAUGUUCUUUAUCGGCUUCCUUUUAUGUUUUUGGUUUGUUAACAAGAGCGGUUUGUUUUUAUAGCAAAACUGUUAAGCUGCUCAAGUCUCCUAUUGAAGUAAUGGGAACACACUGAAAAAUGGGGGCAUUUAUUUUUAGAGCAAAUAAGUCUUUGGAUAUCCGCUAAAACACCUGCACCCAUUUCAUGGGUGAGUUACUUAAGACAUCAGCAUUAUAGCCUCUAUGAGUCUAUCUCUGCAUACACUUUGUAAUAUAUAAAAUAAGGCUUAGUGGGAGAUGUUCUCUAUCUUAAAUUCAGAUGUUGCCAAGUAAAGCAGUAACCACCAAAAAAACCCACGAACUCAGUCAGUGCUGACAGUGACUUGUGAGUGUUUGUGACCCCAGGAAUGAUUGACUUCUUUAUUGAAUGACUGACAUUAACAUUUUCAAGAACAGAAUCAUCCUAAACUCUUGUUUUAGUACCAAAACACAUAUUCUUGACCAGAAUGAUGGAGUAAUGUGAUCUGUAGUGUAACAAGUGAUUUUUAGAAGAAAGCUAGUUACUUUAUUUUAAGGUAGUCCAUUCGGCAUUACCCUGAAGGAAAAUUUAAAACUGAGGCCUUGAAUGUUUAUUUUUUGAAACUACCGUGUCAAAUAUUAAAGUAUAAUUUGAGGGAGUUAUAAAGUCAUAAUAAACAUUAACUAUUUAUAAAAAUUGUGGGAGAUAAGCAUAGUGAAGGCAAUUCAAAUUGAAUUCAUGGAGAAAUAUGCAGUCUUAAGUUAUAGGGUCCUAGGUACUUAGAAAAACUCAGCCUGGAGUAAAAGUCCUAGGUACUUACUUUAUUUGAAGGAGUGUGUGUGUGUGUGUGUGUGUGUGUGUGUGUGUGUGUGUGUGUGUGUAGAUGUUUGUAUGUGUUCACAGUUUCUGAACACAAUUCACAAAGCCUUAUCAGCAAAAGUUAAGACAUGGCUCUCUCAAAGAAGCAAAUACAGCUUUAUUCAGAAAUGUAGAGUUUGUUUAUGUUUUGUAAAUGGUCCCCAGUUCCACUUCUUAUUGCAGGGUGGAUAACUGGUAAAUCUUUUCUUUGUUAGAAUUCAACUCUUUUUCAAUAUUAUCUCUUGAAUAAAAACUUGCAUUGAUGUUAACAGA